ACUGAUGACUCUCAUCACACUGAUGAUCUUGGACCAGUUGGACCAAAAAAAAGUUUACAGAACGGAGGAUCUAGUGUUGACCCUAGCAUUCCCUUGAGUCGUCUACUAGCUCAAAGCUACAGUUACAGCUCUGACAGUUCAAUUUCACCACAUGCCCCACUGACUCCUCGUACAGCCUCCCAGGUAUGUGGCCACAAUAACGUUUUCAGCUAUCUGGGAGAUAGCCCACCUUCAAGUGGGUCUAGUGGUUCUUGGCAUUCUUUUGGUUACUCUCCAGCACUAACAAGUAUUGCACACAGAGCAAGAGCCUCUACUACCAGUGAACCUGGGAGUCCAACGAUGGAAGAUGCCAUUCUUAUGGGGUGUCAAGAUGCUAAUGUGUUUUGCCAUCAAGCAAAUGCCAAUAAAAUAAAUGACAUAACAAUUGCAGACCUGGUAAGUUCAUUGAGCCUUGGCGGCGGCGGCGGCGGCGGCAACAGCAGCACAUCUAGUCAGGGGAAUCUCCGUUCUGUUGAUGGCUUGACACGUGGUGCUGGCAUUACUAGUAACCCUCUGAAUAUAAAUCAGCAACCAUUACCAAAUGCACUUUUUGCCUUGCAACAGCAGCAGUUGGGAAACAUGGGUGCUAUAAAUAGCAACACUGCAAAUAGCUCCAUUGGGUCCCAUGCACAGUUAUCUCAAGGUGUAGAUUUGAAUAGCUUAGCUCAGCUGCAAAAUGCAUGGUUAACUACUCAACUCUUUCCUAAUUUGAUUGAUGGAUCGAACAUUUUGAGUGGAGACUCCAAAUCUGCUGGCCCUCUAGUUAGCCUUCUGACAAAUCCCACUGAUCCAUACUCGAUUGAAAAAGCUGCAAAAUUGCACAAAAAUGCUGCUGCUGUGUGUGAUGCUACCUGCACUUGGUGUGGCGAGUUGCCCACCAGGAUGCAUAAAAACCCUAUUACUCGUGCAAG